CAACACCAACUGUCAUUGGGGCAUUGGUCCAGUGUCUCGUGUUUCACCUACAGACAUGCUGACUAGACUGAACAGGAUUCUUGGGAGACAGGAUGGCGAGCACAGGGAGAUCAGAGGAAGGCAGAAGGAAGAUGACCUUCAGCCUCCAUGUCACACAUCAAGAAACAAAUGGUUCUGGGGAAAGCACACAACAGCAGCUGAACCAGGUGGAAAAACUGAAACUUCAGCUACAGAUGAUGACCAAUGACAGGAAUGAACUGCGUGAAUUCCUGGCCCAUUACAAAAACAAUGAGUUGAACAACAGCACCCUCUACAGUCAGCAUCUGAGUGAACAGACUCAGCUGAAAGAACAAGUGAAAAUGUUGCUAGAGGACAAGAAAAAGCUGCAGCGGGAGCAGAUUUUACUACAAGAGUCGCAUGCAGAGGCAAAAAGGCUCUGUGAAGAGGCCCAUGAGAAGAUCUAUGACCUCUGGACAAGGCAGCUGCAGGAACAUCAAAGACUUGAGGAAAAUCUUCAGUCUCUGCUGAAGCAGAAGGAGCUGUUCACCCGGCAAAGGGACUUGGCAGUAAAGCUGCAGCAUCACUUCACUGUGUCCCAGAUGAGGUUUGAAAACCUCCAGCAGGAACUGGAGCAGACCACAGCCCAGGAAGACAGCCUCCUGCAGAAGGAGCUGCUGGUGCAGAAACACUAUGUUCCAGCACCUCUUCAGAAAACUGAGAAGGCUGGGAGAAGCGAGAGACACCUUGAAAGCAUGACAUUCUACACUCCAGGUUCACAGCCUCCUCAGAAAAUGCCACCUCUUUUCAGCUGUGAACUCAAUAGUGAGGCAAAUAUCAACUUACCAUCAGGCCAUCCAGCCACAAUCUGAUCCCCAUCUGUGGUUCACUAUUCCCAGAGAAAAGAUUGUAUCAUAAAUAGUCUGAGAUUCAGAGGACACAACACAAAUUACUAAGAACCCUGACAUCCAUCAGCACGUGGCCCCAGUGAGGAGCAAAACAACAUGGAGAGGACAUGUGGGUGAGCAAGAGUUCUUCUGUCGACUUACUAUCAAGGGCUUUGACAAGCUGACUCCAUAUGUGAUAGAAAUCUGACAAGGAAGACUGUGUUAACAUCACACUACCAUCCAGACAGACCACACCCAAACCAUAAGAUUCUCUCUAGUGCAGUGCUGAAGCUGACGCCAUGUCAUGGGCAAGUGUUACUGAAGAUAAUUCACUGCAGAGAAUAAGACAGUUCCUCACCUCAUUUGCUCUUUUAUAAUGAAAUUCUAAAGGAUCCUGAAAUUUGCUUAAUAUUUUUUUGUUUGUAUGUUGGGAUAUUUAUGCUUUAGAUUUUGGUUUUCUUCAUUUUGGUUUUAAGGUUUUGUUAAUUGUUAUUUCUUUUAUUCUUGUCACUGUUUUAAUAGUUUGCUAAGGCUAUACAUUGUAUAUAAGGACUGCUGUUUUGAAUGCCCCCAUUGAGUAAAAUUAAUGUAUUUUUAUGAAUAAAAUCCAUUUUCAAAUUUCA